CUGUUUAUCUGCCGACACAAUGGCGCACACACAUUUCCCCGCUGCGUUUCAUUGGGGCUAGGAGAACAGUAGUUAGAAUAUGAGCCUAUUGUGCCAUGAUGGUAGAUAAACAAGAGGUGUCCGUUGGGAUUAUACUCGUGUAUUGUAUGUUGUCGCUUUAUAUUUUAGAUGAUGCUAGACUGAGGGGUAGAGCAGUCCUUCAAAAAGAUCAGUAACAAAUCAAUGGAAAUGGGGUAAAUAGGGGAAUACUUUGCAUUUCACACACAUUCUCAGAAUGUGCUGAAUUUUUAGAUAAUCUUAAAACAAGGUAGCGGCCUCUUGAUUCCUCUCAAAGGCAACACGUGUUGUCAUGCAGAAGGGAAUUGAACGAUAGGCCACAUCUGCAUUAAACGUUUUAAAUCACCAUGCCUACUGUAAAAUCCAGAUGGUGUUCAAAUUUGAAGAAAUUAACUAAGUAGCUUAUUAGAUUUUUUUUUAUAGCUCAUUAGAAAUUAAAAGUCAAUGUUGACGUAUGACGCAGUCUUGUGACGCAAUACGCAUGCAAACCACGUGGAGGGUUUUAAAUAAAAUGAAAGAUGACGUGUUCAGCCGUUGCCUUCAAGACUUUAAACUAUACGCCUUUUUAGCUAAACAUAAUAAGUCUCAGCCACAAGUAAAAUGACACGUAAACCUAAUGUCUAACACUGAAACAUGACCGUAGAUGUGGAAUAAUUGUAAUGAACAUGACAGCUUCAUGUAUCUAAUAAAGGAGGGAAGCCCCUCUCGAGGGGAGUCACGUGACCACGGCUCCUCCCACUCGAUGACGUUGCAGUCCAGUUAUCGUAGACUGGUGUUGAUACACGGAUGUGGAUUCACCGCUAAUGUUUGUUUCCGUUUUAUUUUCUCCACCGGCAUCGACACCGCGAACCGAAAUAAAUGGAGCUACUGGCCCCCAUGCGGCUCUACACGCUGUCCAAAAGACAUUUUGUCUUGGUCUUCGUGUUUUUCCUGAUCUGCUUUGGCCUCACCAUCUUCAUUGGGAUUGCAGGUCCUAAGGUGAUUGCUGAGCAAGAGCACAGUGGUGAUCAGUUACUUCUCAAGAACCUCUCAGUUAAGACUGGGCCCUUCAAUCUAGUCUCACCUCCCCUCACCACAUACAACCAGCAGCUAUGGCUCACCUGCGUGAUGCAGGUUGAACACAGCAACAUGGGAGACUUCCAGCAGCCCUUUGAGAUCAACGUUGAGCUAAAAGGAGUGAUGCAGGAUGCCAGUGUGAUGCACAUCAACAAUGUGCACCAGAAGUCCCGAACGCUACACUGCGGGACAAAAUGUGAUGAGAUCAUUGUGCUCCAUCUUGGCUAUCUGAACUACACCCAGUACCAGGUCAUGGUCAGCUUCAGCGGCCUGGAGAAUAUCACGUAUGAAAUCAAAGUCAAGUUUGUGUGGAAAAUGUACAACCCCAGCUUCUCUCAAGUGGAGAUCUGGUUCCGGUUUGUCUUCGUGGUGUUGACCUUUAUGGUGACGUGUUUGUUUGCACACUCACUGAGGAAGUUUUCUAUGAGGGAUUGGGGCAUAGAGCAGAAGUGGAUGUCGAUCCUGCUCCCUAUGCUGUUACUCUACAAUGAUCCAUUUUUCCCGCUGUCAUUCCUGGUGAACAGCUGGUUUCCGGGGACAUUGGACACUUUCUUCCAGGCUCUGUUCCUGUGUGCGCUGCUGCUCUUCUGGCUCUGUGUUUAUCAUGGCAUCAGGGUUCAGGGUGAGAGGAAAUGUCUGACGUUCUACCUGCCUAAGCUGAUAAUUGUCGGUCUUCUGUGGCUGUCAGCGGUCACACUGGGCAUAUGGCAAACGGUUAAUGAACUCCAAGACCCGACCUAUCAGUAUAAAGUGGACAUAGUGAACUUCCAGGGCAUGAAGGUCUUCUUCCUGAUUGUAGUUGCCCUCUACAUCCUCUACCUGAUUUUCCUGGUCGUCAGAGCUUGUUCUGAACUCAAGAACAUGCCGUACUCAGAUCUCCGGCUCAGGUUUUUGACAGCUCUGACAUUUGUGGUCCUUAUUAUAAGCAUGGUCAUUCUCUACUUGAGGUUUGGUGCCAAGGCUCUCCAAAACAAUUUUGUCGCUGAACUGUCUACUCAUUACCAAAACUCAGCUGAAUUUUUAUCAUUCUAUGGUCUACUCAACUUUUACUUGUACACAUUGGCAUUUGUGUAUUCCCCCUCCAAAAAUGCACUUUAUGACUCCCAGUUGAAGGAUAAUCCUGCUUUCUCCAUGCUGAAUGACUCGGAUGAUGAAGUAAUAUAUGGGAGUGAUUAUGAAGACAUGCCUUUACAAAACGGACGCGCCAUCAAAGCAACCGCCAAGUACCAGGAUGAGAGUGACACUGACUGAGGAGGUCUCUGAUUGGCUUGUUGUUCCUUUGUUGUGUCCCUGUUGGGAACUACGAGAAUACAAUGUAAAUAAGGAGGAACUGCGUUGGCAAUACGAAAUGAUAUACUUUCUGUGUACAUAAUUAUAUUUUUAAGAAAAGUUCCAUGUCUACUGAAUGUACUGUAUUUUACUGAAAGUUGGGGCAAGUGGCCACUUGACCUUUUUUCUCAUUGGAAACAAACUGAAGUACAAUGAUACAAUUUCUACAUGUUUGCAAACUCUUUUCCUCCUGAGAUUUCUCACACAAUGAUUUUUUUUUUUGUGUGAAAUCAACAUUAUUUCAAAUGCUUUGUGUUGAACCACUGCUGUCACUCUAUUGCACUGUGUUGUUUUUGUAACAUCCUGUUCUCUGACAGUCUGAGAAUAAUGAGAAUGCAUGUAUCGGGCCAAAGCUGAGGUACAUUAUACCGGUGAUAGAAAGUAGAGGAAGCUUAUGCUGCCGCAGCAGCUGUAAGCGAACAUUUUGGGCUCACUGGCAUGAGUGAUGAAUGUGAAUUAAAGGGCCAUAGGAAUGCUGGCUGACAAAUUCAUUUUUUAUUUUUUUUUUUUGAAAUACAGGGAGAGCCUUAACAGGAGUAGGUCUCACUUCUCUCUUACCACUUCUUCCCUCAGAAAACAGCUUUGUAAUUGCACUAGUUUAAGAUUUUAACUUAUUUCUCUAAAAGGUGAUUUGAUACUGUGUCAUCUGGAUGAAUGGCUUUUGAUGAACUGCUUGGAUUUUACACAACUGAAUGUAGAGGACUACUGACUAAAUGUUUCUUAUCCCCACACAUACAGUAGACGGACCAUUGGCCAAAUCUUUUUUUUGCCUUAUGUUGAACACAUUAUUUUAAGCAAUCCUUUUUUCUGCUGUAACUUUCCCGAUAUUGCUUGCAAUGUGAGAUGUGCUGACCUUUCUGUUAUUUUAUAAAACUGGUUAUGGACAAAAACAGCCAAAACAAAUGUUUCAUGUGAACAUGUAUUAUAUUCAAGAUGGUGCCUUGUCUUUACGUGUCCUUUGUCGAUGUAUAAAUGCUUUGACAUAAAUGUGCAUUUUUGAUUCUUUCAGUGUGAAUGUAGUUUAAAGUGGUUAAAUGAGGUUGUUGUGGGUCCUUGUAUGAUGCAAAAUUCCUACGUUUUUUGUUGCUUCAUACGAUAAAAGCUGUAUAUGUAGCACACUGUCACGUCACAUGUAAAUAAAGCAAAGUGUAUACAGCA